AUGGCAGAAAACUUGCGGUGCAAAGUCCUUUCAUUGUAUCGUGCGCUUCUUCGAAGCUCAAAGCAGCUGAAAAACUAUGGGUUUCGAGAAUAUGCGAUACGGAGGACGAAAGAUGCAUUUCAUGCACACAAAAAUGAAACAAAUGAGGAGAAAAUACAAGAAUUAUGGCACAAAGGACUUAAGGAGCUUCAGGUUUUACGAAGACAAGCACUAAUUAAUUAUAUGUAUCAAGCAGAACGACUAGUUAUUGAAUUUCAGGAAAACGAUUCAACCAGGAAACCAGGUUGGAUUAAUGUAGAAGAUAUAAAGAAAAAUACAUGA